CCCCUCCCUGGCUGGCAUUCUGCCCUCAGGACAUCCUCCUCAAUCCAUCACACACCACCUUACCCCUCUGCUGGCAAGAGGGGCCUGAUUCAUCCUCAUGCGAAACAUUCUAUCCAGCUGAUUGAGACGGUACAGAAGAGAAACUGAAACUUCUCUGCCUUUGCACUGCAAAAGUGAAUGAGCGAUCCCUCUCAACUGACUCAAAAUGUUUACCUCACCCAGGAGAUGGAGCUCGCGAAGGCCUUCUCUAGCCAGCGGACACGCCUAUCUGCCAUCCUCAGCAUGCUAUCACUCAGCUUCUCGACAAUAUCCCUGUUCAGCAACUACUGGUUUGUGGGAACACAGAAGGUGCCCAAGCCCCUGUGCGAGAAAGAUCUGGCAGCCAAGUGCUUUGACAUGCCAGUGUCCCUGGAUGGAGAUGUCGCCAACACAUCCACCCAGGAGGUGGUACAAUACAACUGGGAGACCGGGGAUGACCGCUUCUCCUUCCGGAGCUUCCGGAGUGGCAUGUGGUUAUCCUGUGAGGAAAUUGUGGAAGAACCAGCACUGCUCCAUCCCCAGUCCUGGAAAUACUUUAGAGCCCUUCCGUCCAGUGGUACAGCAGCAGCAGAAGGGGAGAGGUGCCGAAGCUUCAUUGAACUCACACCACCAACCGAGAGAGAAAUCCUUUGGUUGUCCCUGGGAACGCAGAUCACCUACAUCGGACUUCAAGUCAUCAGCUUCCUCCUGCUACUAACGGACUUGCUACUCACUGGGAACCCUGCCUGUGGGCUCAAACUGAGCGCCUUUGCUGCUGUUUCCUCUGUCCUGUCAGGUCUCUUGGGAAUGGUGGCCCACAUGAUGUAUUCACAAGUCUUCCAGGCAACUGCCAACUUGGGUCCAGAAGACUGGAGACCACAUGUUUGGAAUUACGGCUGGGCCUUCUACAUGGCCUGGCUUUCCUUCACCUGCUGCAUGGCGUCGGCGGUCACCACCUUCAAUAUGUACACCAGGAUGGUGCUGGAGUUCAAGUGCAAGCAUAGUAAGGGCUUCAAGGAAAACCCGAACUGCCUACCGCAUCACCACCAGUGUUUCCCUCGGCGGCUGUCACGUGCAGGCCCCACCGUGGGUCCUAUGACCGGCUACCACCAGUAUCAUAAUCAGCCCAUCCACUCUGUCUCUGAAGGAGUCGACUUCUACUCGGAGCUGCGGAACAAGGGAUUUCCACGAGGGGCCAGCCAGGAGCUGAAAGAAGCGGUUAGGUCAUCUGUAGAGGAAGAGCAGUGUUAGGAGUUAAGUGGGUUUGGGGAGUAGGCUUGAGCCUCACCUUACAUGUCUACUGAUUAUCAACAUCUGCUUAAGCCAAAGCCUGUCUCUUGAGCUUGUUUUUUAGAGGCUAUAAAUAAGGGUUAUCUUUAAGUCCUAAGGGAUGCCUGGGUGCCACUGCUGUCUUUUCCUCUACAGCUCGUUUCACCCACCCCAUAUCUCACGCAUCCAGAAUUCCCUCCUCUGCUUUACUGAUAGCUUCUGCACCAGGUUCUGGGCUAAACCAUGGAGAUAAAAAGAGGGGUAGAAUACACUUCCUGACCUUAAAGGUCUGAUAAAUCUAGUUAUCCCCCUGGAGAUUGAAGAAAUGGAGGUGACCAAGUUAACGGUAGCGUGACUGUGGCUCAGCUUUCCAUGGUACACAUGAAUUGUUCUGGAAGUCACAGACAAGAAGACAGAAGCACCCCUGAGUGCUUUCCCAUGUCGCACAGAGGUUUUCCACACUGCCUGGGGAUGUGUCCUGCAUCCACACAGUAAGUACCCAGUAAAUGUGUUAUUAAAUAUUGACCCAGGACCCCUUAGGAGAGUGGUUUAACACAAGAAAGCACCAACAGCACACAGGGUCAAGGUCACUUCUAGAAACAGCCAACCAAGGAUAUUCAGAUGGGACUGUGGUUCCCCAGUGGACAGUCAUACCAGGGGCUUCCCAGUGAACAAGGGGGCACAGGCUCCUCCCUGGAUCCCACCUUUUCAUCCCUUCUGAGAAAUGUACGUUAUUAUUUCCUCCAUGAAGAAUGCCACCCAUCU